GUAGUUCAUCGUUCUCUUUGUAUAUUGCUGCUAAAAUCUUAACUAGGGUUAGGGUUUUCGAUUUCUCUGCUUCAAUGGAGAUCUUGGGAUCAGAAGGCGUGCUCUCCUCAUGCUACAAGCUCGUUCCUUGGUCGAGCUGGGACCAGUGGCACUUCGUUAGAGAAUCCCUCUUCUCCUCUUCGCCCGAUUCAGUGGCCAAAGCUCUCCAAAGGAUUAGCGCCUGGAGGUGUAGAGGUUGCCUCCCCAUUCCCAUUGAUGUGACCGCUGCAAUUGUGGAAAUUCAACAGAAAGAUCCCUUCUUCAGAGAAGGGAUUCCCAGUGAUGCUCUAAACUCGGAGGAGUUGUUAGCGAUGCUGUACUCUAUGGCGAUUAUAAGGCUUGUGAAUUGUUUUGUUGAGCCUGCACACAAGAUAACAAGGCGGUCAAUAUCCGAGUUGGCUGAUGUAGUUGGUAUCCCGCGGAUGUUGGUGGAUAUUCGUCAUGAGAGUUCUCACCAGAAUCUUCCUUCGCUUCGUUUGGUCCGCAUGGCUAGCACGAAGGCUUUAGACUGGUUAAAAUCCAAUUAUUGGGAGCCUCAAAGAAGUGUAAUUCCUGACGUUCGGAAGGAAGUAAGAUUGAGACUACAUGAGAUGAGUUUUUAUCUGAAAAAUAAGCAUGCAGAAAGGUCUAGUUCUUCACAAGGCAAGCCAAAACGUCGUAAGCGGUCAGGAGUAUUAAUGAGAUGCAACAACCUAUCUUCACAGCUUGUUGGGAAACUGCAGGCCUCAAAAUCUGAUGUCUCCGACAAACGGCUUUCCAAGAUAACAAAAAGAAUCGCUCGGCUAUACUCUUCAUAUCCCUCAGAAGUUGUAGCAGUGCUUUUGGAGUAUUUCCAUUUACAAGCGCCUGAUUUCUCAAAGGGCACGGACAUGGAAUGCUCUGAUGAUUUGAAUGUGGAUGAUUCAGGACCCCAUUUAGAGACAGUGUUCGGUUUAAAGACAAUAAUUACCAAACUAUCAAGUAAGACACCUGGGUUAAUACUCAGCCUACUGAAGACACUCCUAGAAAUGAUAGAAGCCAAGAAAUCCACUCAAUCUGAGAAAGAUGGAUGCUGUUUUCUUUCAUCAAAACACCAGAGCGAGAUAGCUGACACCAAUCGUCUCUGUUCUCUUGUUCACUGGCUUCUCAUGCGACUGAAAUCUUUAAAGGAUUCUGGUAGAAUAGGAAUUAUUGGCAAAUCCCUCGAAACCUCAACAGACAAACAUGCUCCUCCAAAUGUUUCGCUAACAAAACUCCUUCACAAGAUCCUGUCUCUAUCAAUUGUGGGCGACAAUCACCUCUCAAGCUCAGUAUUGCUUCUUGCUCAAAUGAUUGGCAACACUUCUUUAACUUUAAAACUGAAGAAGCUCCCUUUGAUGGCAACGCAACACCAAGAUUUCGAAGAUGAAUCUCCCUUUGAAAGUUCUGAGAAAAUGCUUUUACGAGAGGAGGCAUGUAUUAAACAAGCAAAAGAGAAGCUGGAGCUUUUCAAGUCGCAAUUAAGGAACCGAAUUGCUACAAAUUCAACAAAAUCAAACGCAAGCGAUCGAAUGUGGAGCGUUGCUAAAUCUUGGACUCCAUGUCCAAUUGGCAUGGUACCUUGUUCAUUUAGUUCUACUGCAGUUCUUCCUGUUCUUGAUGAGGUUGAUGAUAUCUUAGACCCCGAAGACAUUGAAACAGAUACAGGUAAUUUUGUGAAUGGCCGUGUUUCUCCGAAGAGAGCAUCUGGUGAAGCUGCUGUUGGCAGCGAAAGUGGCAGUAAAAGGCUAAGGAUGACGAGAGAAGAACAAGAAUUGGAUUUUGCAGAGAUAUCGUCUCCUAUGAAAGGUAGAUUGUUGAUCAAUGGCAUUUGGACUGAAGUCAGUGAAGAAGAGUUGCUUGAUAUUGAGUCCAAUAUCAGAAUUUUCGCCAAUUGACCGUAAAAUUAUAUUGUAACAUAUAUAAUUAUUUUGAUAGGCAAAUAUCUAUUUAAUUUUUUAUUUGGAAA